AUGCUUGAAAGACUGGUAGAACAACGGCCAGCAAUUUCAGCUGUUCUAAAUGAUCGCUCUGUGACGAACAUUAGGACAGCUGUGUCACUUGAAAUAACUGAGCAGGAAUGGGCGAUAAUAGGAAUGCUGGUCGCAAUCUUAAGACCAUUUGAAAUGAGUACCAGCUUAUUGUCAUACGAAAAGGCUGUAACAUUGUCAACAGCAAAACCAUUGAUGUCUUCGUUAAUGAGAAGAUGUUCAGAGAGAAUUAAUGAAGAGGAAUCUAUCCAUAUAAAAAAGUUUAAAAAACUAAUAAGAACUGAAAUAAUGGAUAGAUUUCUCUAUAAUGUUGACGAUGGAAAUUUAACAGUUUUCGAUAUGGCAAGCAUAUUAGAUCCUAGAUACAAAGAUGAAGUUCCUCAUAACGUAAAACAAAAGGCAAUAGUGUUGUUAAGGCGUAUGGAAGAGACAACCCCCAUUACAAUCGAAGAAGAAUCUUCAGACAUAGAAAGAUACUAUUUAGAUGUAUUUUUCGAUGAGGAAAGAGACGAUGCUAUGCCUACUAUAACAAAAUCAGAAAUUGAUAUAUACAUUACUGAAAAACCAAUAAGUAAAAGAGACUGCGUAUUUGAAUGGUGGCGCCGUAAUGAAAACAAAUACAAAAAACUAUCCAUGAUAGCCAAAAAAUACUUAGCUAUACCAGCCACUUCGACACCAUCUGAAAGGGUUUUUUCCACAGCUGGAAAUAUAAUCACAAACCGCAGAAAUUGCCUUCGACCUGACAAUGUGGACAUGCUUGUUUUUCUCUAUGAAAACAAAAAUGUAUAA